GUGUAGAAUGAAAUUGACUCGAAACAAAAGUGAAGAAAAGUAAAAGUUAAAAAUUAAUCUUUUGAAAAGUUCCGUUGCUUUAUUCUUUGACUGAAGAAUAACAGAAUACGUAAACAUAAAAGAAGAGAAAUCGUUGGCGAUCAAGAAAAGAAAAGAAAUCAGUGAAAAAGAAUUUUGUUGCUUAUUUUUGUAAAGAAUUUAUAAGAAAAACCUGUGAACCUUUUGAAAACCGAAAUUCUUUUAUUCAUCUUCAACUUUCUGAUAACACCAUCAAACGGAUUAAAAAAUGAAAGCGAUUUGCUUGUUGAUGCUUUUGGUAUUCUUGAGUGUCGAAGCUGUAGUAACUCCAACGUCACAAGAAGCACAAAGACGUGAAGCACCUAGUGCAGUACUUCAAGUUCCUGUCGCUCCAAUUCAAUCUGAAUAUGGUGCACCAAAUCGACGAGUUCCACAACAAGGUAUUAGACAGAAUCGUAUUCACGCCAUGAAAAGAUUAAUUGCUGCCGUGAGAAAUUCGGGAUAUGCAAGUCAAGGAAGAGUAGUCAAUCGACCACACCCAAUACCUGUUCAACAGCCUCAAGGAAAUUAUGGACCACCACAUGUUGCAGGUGGAAGUAGUAGCCAUGGAAGCUUAGCAAGUUUCAUGCAUAAUCACAGUCCCGAUGUAAGAUGUGAUGGUUGGAUUCCAAUUCCUGGACCUUCAGAUGGCCAAGGAUAUCAUUCUGGUGGAGGUUCUGCUUCUCAUGUACAAAGCAUUGACAGCUCAUAUGGACCACCAAGACAUGGAUCUGGAAAUGGUGCAAAUAUUAUCACGCAAAUAAUUACAGUUCCUGAUAUCUCUUAUGGUGCUCCAGCUCCACAAAUUCAACCACCCAGUGACUCCUAUGGACCUCCAAGUCAUGGAAACAGUGGAAAUGGCGGUCAUCAGUCAUUUGGCUCCGAAAGUCAUGGACAUGGUAUCAGUGGUGGAUCAUUAUCUGGCGGUCAUCAGUCAUUUGGCUCUGCAGGUCAUGGACAUAGUAUAAGUGGUGGAUUAUCUGGCGGGCAUCAGUCAUUUGGCUCUGCAGGUCAUGGACAUAGUAUUAGUGGUGGAUCAUCAUCUGGCGGUCAUCACUCCUUUGGAUCUUCAAACCAUGGACAUAGUUCAAGCCAUGGUGGAGGAUCAGGGGCACAAGACUCAUAUGGACCUCCACCACCUCCAUCAGAUUCCUAUGGACCUCCUAAUCACGGAGGCAGUGGAUUCAGCAGUGGAUCAGGUGGCCAUGGACCAGCUCCUGUUCAUGAAUCCCAUUCAUCCGGCCAUUCCUCUGGACAUUCAUCUGUUAGUUCAGUUCAGAGUAUUGAAACCCACUUUGGUGGCCCUCAACCGAUAGGUCAUGCUACUUAUGGACCACCAAAACCUCAACCUUUGCCACAGCAACCUGACAUUACUUAUGGAACUCCUGUUAUAGCACUACCAGAAUCUUCAUAUGGUCCACCACCAAGUGGAAAUGUUCAUCACGAAGCACAUGAAGAAAUCCGAGGAUCUUCGCAUGGAGGAGAUAUUCAAACAAUUCAUAACAUUGGACAGCAACAGUUACCGGCUAUCGAUUCAGGUUCACUAUUUAACAGUGCAAUAGGUUUGGUGACAUCAUCUCUUGGAGUCUCUGCUGGUCACAAUGAGGUUGUUCCAUCACAUGCCAUUCAUGAAAGUCACACAUCAGAAGUGGCAAGCAGCUAUAACAGCGGAGAUUCUUACUCAGCCCCUCCAUUGGAUUCUUAUGCGCCAGGAGCAUAUGCGCCAUCACAUUUGAAACCACGACCGGGACCAGGACCGGCUCCCCAUCCAAGACCUUUACCACCACCUCCUUCUAAUUCAUAUUUACCUCAAAGACCACAACCACGACCGCAAUAUGUUCCUCCAGUGCCAAUUAAAAUUAACCGACCUCAUCCACCACAAUUUAGACCACAACAAUUCAACUCUCAUGCACAAUCGAUUGCACAUGGUUACUCAUCUGGCCAAUCUCACUCACAGUCCUUGCACGCACCUGCCCCAAUUCGACAACAACCGCGCUAUCCACUGCCGCAUAGAGCACCAGUUCCACAUGGGCUAUUCCAGUCAGUUGGUCAACAUGUUCAAGCAUUAGAUAAUGGACAUAGGAAUCAAAAUCUUGGUAAUACUUAUGUACCUCCACCAGUAUCCGAAGUUCCAAUUCCACCUAUGAAACUGAGUGUUCCUAAUCAUGGUCCAGUUCAACCAUUCAAUUCUAAUCACCAAUCACAUUCACAUCAAUCUCAUUCAUCAGGUUCAGCAUCAUCAAGUUCAGGUUAUUCUUUCCAAAAUCAACAGUUGCAAAACGUUCACAUCAUUCAUGAUUGCGGAAAAGGUCCCCAAUUAUCAAACAGUUAUGGAACACCAUUAGCUGCUCCACUUACCAGCUAUCAGAUACCAUCACAUUUGCAAAGCUCUGGCAAUUCAGGUUACGACAUUCCAAACGUAGCUUUAGAAGUUCCACAACACAAUUCAAUCGAUUUCAACUCACCCUCAAACAGCUAUGGACCACCGGCUUCUGGACCUGCGUCAAUAGAUGCAAUAGAUGUGAUUGGAUUGGAAAGUAGCCCAAGAGCUAAUGCAGUUUCAUCAACAGAUGAACAUAAUGUUGUUGCUGCUGCUUCUGAAUACAGCGUGAAUAGCGAAACUUUGCCAGGAUUAGAAACAGGAUUAAGUGGAUCAGGAUUGAACUUUAUUUCUGCACAAAAGUCACAAUCUAUUGAAGUCCCGAAAGAAGCUCAACUGGGAUCUUAUCAUCUUCAAUUAAUUACAUCAAGCUCAGAACAAAAUAGCAACACAAUUGAUGCACCAAACCAUCAACAAAUUCUUGCUGAUGGUCUUCUGCAAUCAAUUUUAUCAGCAGUUGAACAGAAACCAGCUCAUACAAUUCCACAGGUCUCAGAAGAUCAUCAAACAGAUCACAGUGAAGUUCAAGUAUUCCUUAAAAGCCCAGAAGGCCAAGAAGUACUAGCAGACAAGCAUGCAUCAAUAGAUGAACAUUCUUCAUCUUAAUUUGUGUUGCAAUCUUGACUGAUAUAUAUCUGUAGCCUUUCUUAAGUUUCUUCCAUUUAAUAUUUGAUUGUAUGUUUAUAAAUGAUGAAUGUUUGAAUCGGAUGUGUUCAAGGGUUUCACCUUUAUGAAUGUUAUACUUAAUAUGUAAGCUGCUUUAUUUAUUAUAUAAUCUUAAACACCUUAUUUUAAUGAAUCCGUCAAAAAAGUCACCGUUUAAGCAAACACAAUUCAAGGUAGAUUCAUAAAUAUUUCAUUGUUUGAUGCCAUAAUUUAACGAAGAAAUCAAAAAGCAAGUUACAUCACAGAUGUAAUGAUGUUUCGAGCAAAACUUUCUUCCGGCGGAAAUUUGUCAAAGAAAUAAAAUAAACUUAAUGGAAAAGUUAAUUCUUUUGUUUCUUAAUUGAUUCAACAAGAUUUAAAUUAAAUCAAGUUCAUUGUGUAAUUUUUGAUAGCUUAUUAAAGCUGUUUGUUUUCUUUUCUUCAUUUUCAUAAUUUUCAAUGCUUAAGGGAAUGAUUUGAAAAAAGAAAGAAAAAGAAUUAAAGAAUGAUAUCAACAUAGAAUAAACAAAACAAACGAACGAUUAAGAAAAGAGAAAAAAAAAUCUUAUCAUUGCCAUUGUUAAUGUUUUUCCCCUCACUCUUCUUCAAACACAAAAAGCAUGAUAAUUGAAAUGAGAUAUGCGAAAAGCAGUAAAAUUUAAACUAAACGAUUUAAAUACGAAUGAGUGAAAACCUUCAAGAAACCUUUUUCCAAUAUUGUUUUUUAUUGUAGUCAGUGUUAAAAUUAUUCACAUCAAGAUGAUAUUUCGAGGAAUUUGAGAACAAUAAAAAGCAUCAUAAUUAUGAUCAUUAUCUAC